GGAGAGAUCUUUCCAGGUCGACUGCGCCGCCGAUCCGCGCCGUCGAUCGGCGCGGAGUUCGCGCCCAUGCGACGCCAUGCUGGCGCUGCUUUUCUUCGCCGUGACACGGCCGGCGCUGGCCUGGACACGACUCACCGUGGUGCAUAGCGAGAAAUGCGAGGAGUCUGGCUGCCAGGUGGCGGCCAAAUGCCCUGAGAAGACCUGGCCGGUGGCUUGUGAGAGCGAGCCCAGAGGCCAUGCUUGGUUCAACCAGGGCUCAUGCACGGCGUCGGCGCGCUUGGACAUAGAGAUCAGGGCGAAGGUGGCUUGCACCAGUAUGUUCGAGACCUUCACCGUUUCAGGCCCCACGGCGCGGUGUCCCGCGGGCUCGCAGCUCCAGCGCUGCUUCUGCCAGGCCGGGGCCCGGCAGGCCUGCCUGGGCGCUGCGCAGCCGCUGCAAGAGGGUCCCGCCUGCAGCGCGCGCGCCGCGCCCCAGGCGGAGGAAGAUCCUGCACGACUCGCCCAAGCUUUGUGCCUGAGGGGCGAUAGCCAUUGGCUUCUGCAGAACUCCGAGAGCCUGGGCUUUGUGAAGUACUGCGGCUGGGUGCCAUACCUUCGGCCCAUGAACACGCCGGAGCUCGACUACAGGUUCGAGCAGCAGAUGCAGAGGGUCACGGAUGCCGUGAAGCACUUCAUGCAGGAGAUGUCGGAGCACCAGCGUGCAGAUGCAGCACGGUACCUGCGACGUGCCCU